AGUUGCUUUAUCCCCGGAGAUAAGUCAAAUGAGCAGAUUCAUCUGCGAGCGGACCUUGCAAAACCCUUACAGCAACUCCAAGACAGUGCACGAAGAAUAGCACAGAUACAACAUGACUGGGCUAGACGUAAAUGUUGAAGAAUAUGUUGAGUCAACUGCGAGACCGUACUUGAUGGAUGUGAUAUACUGUUGGUCAAAGGGAGCCAAUUUUUCCGAGGUUAUACAAAUGACCGAUAUAUUUGAGGGAAGUAUUAUAAGACUGGCAAGAAGGCUUGAUGAGUUUCUAAAUCAGUUGAAAGCUGUUGCUAGUGAAUCUGGAGAACAUGUUUGCAGAGGCAAGUGCCAACUCCCUUUACUUGUAGCUGCGAUGGUUGCAUCAUCUGACAAAUUAUACAAGCCUUCAAAUUGUAGUCCAUUGUAUAAAUGUAAGAUCUUUGUGUUUACAAAAUUUAGGAAGCUAUUAAAGAGUGAUGAAUAA